AUGAUAUCGCAUUCAUAUAUAUAUAGAAUUUCAAUUAUUCAUCGUUCGAUAGGAGAAAAGUGCAGCAGCAUUUAACGUUGACGAUGGAAGAACAAGAAGCUAGAUGUAUUAUAUAGAGAUAGGUGACUGAUAUUUCCCAAAACAAGCAAAGAAAGAUCCUUAGCCGCCGUUUCCUCGAUAGAUAGCCGUGUCGGGGGGUGUUGAAUCUUGCUCUUCCAAUUCAUACCCAUCUUUGAUCUCUCCCUCAGUUUCCGGUUGAUUCGCAACUCCUAUCCAUAUCCCCAAAACCCAUCCGCUCUCUUUCCUUCAGAGCUCGGGAUUAUUUCUUCAAGGUCAGUCCUUUUCUUUUAUCAGAUUUUGAGACUUUUGAAGGAAACAAAGAGAAAUACCUGAUAUUGGUGGGUGGGUGAAAUUGUUGUAGGAGCCAGAGACUACUCGUGUAUAGCGUGAGAUUCUUCCCAACUUCAUUGUCGGAUCAUUGGUUUCGUGAAUGGUGUGAAGGCUCGUAUGAGUUUCUGGGUCGGAUAACGCAAAAAAGCGAUACGGCAAAGAAGGCGACCCAAAAAGAUCGAAAUUCCAGACACAACCCAAGUAUAAUCGGCAGGCUGUUGCUGGUUAGAUUGCUACUCAGUAAUUUGGGAAUGGCUACUCCGGUAGAGCCUCCGAAUGGCGUUAGGCAACGAGGGAAGCAUUACUACACAAUGUGGAAAACGGUGUUUGAGAUCGACACCAAAUACGUGCCCAUCAAACCCGUCGGUAAAGGGGCAUAUGGCGUGGUGUGCUCUUCCAUCAACAUGGAAACCGAUGAGAAAGUUGCAAUCAAGAAGAUCAAAAAUGUGUUUGAGAACACCAUUGAUGCGCUGAGAACGCUGAGGGAGCUGAAGCUUCUUAGACAUCUUCGGCACGAGAAUGUUAUUGCUUUGAAGGAUGUCAUGAAGGCUAGUCAUCGAAGGACUUUCAAGGACAUAUACUUGGUUUACGAACUUAUGGAUGCGGAUCUUCAUCAGGUUAUCAAGUCCUCGCAGCCACUUUCUGGUGAUCAUUGCAAAUAUUUCUUGUUCCAGUUGCUUCGAGGGCUCAAUUAUCUUCAUUCAGCAAAUAUCCUUCACCGGGACUUGAAGCCUGGGAACCUCCUUAUCAAUGCCAAUUGUGACUUGAAGAUAUGUGAUUUUGGGCUGGCACGAACUAAUGGAGGCGAUGAUCAGUUCAUGACAGAGUAUGUUGUCACUCGUUGGUACCGUGCACCAGAGCUCCUCUUGCGUUGUGACAAUUAUGGAACCUCCAUCGAUGUGUGGUCUGUAGGAUGCAUCUUUGCUGAGAUUCUUGGUCGGAAACCAAUCUUCCCUGGAACGGAUUGCCUCAACCAGCUGAAACUGAUAAUCAAUGUUCUUGGCAGCCAACAAGAAGCUGAUCUUGAGUUCAUUGACAAUCCAAAGGCCAGGAAGCACAUCAAAUCACUACCCCAUUCAAGGGGGAUGCAGUUUUCCCGUUUGUACCCCGAAGCUGACCCUUUAGCUAUAGACUUGUUGCGAAGAAUGCUUGUGUUUGAUCCAACUGAGAGAAUUACCGUCUCUGAAGCACUCCGACACCCUUACAUGUCUGAGCUGUAUGAUCCAAAAAGUAAUUCUCCUGCCCAAGUCACAAUUAAUCUCGACAUAGAUGAAAAUUCGGGGGAGCAGAUGAUUAGGGAGAUGAUGUGGAAUGAGAUGAUGCUUUACCAUCCUGAAGCUACCUCUGCCCACGUGUAGGUACCAUAAAACAUUCCCUUGAUCGCGGUGUUUUCUAUGACGCGUCUCUGGAGCUAGUUCUAAUGUUCUUAUAGGAAAUGUGCAAUCUUAAACUUUUUGAUUGCCCUGAGAUUUUGUUUUGAGGUAUUGUUCAUUAGUUUGAGUUCUUUAAAUUGUAAGUAUGGGACAUGGCAUCUUGCAACUUGUAAAUGGUUGAUGCCGUUAGUUGCAGUCUAGGAAUAUCGGCUUUUGUCUAAUUCAUGAUGAAUGUAUGGCAUGAUUGUCUAAAGAUAUUAUAACUCGAGAUGCAUCAAUAAUCAUAGAUUUAAUAAGAGAUAUUA